AGCUUUUAAAUCGCCGUCACCGUGUUGGCUGAUUCAGUCUUGAGUGAAUCACUAUGGCGGCCGCAGACGUUGAUGUGCAAAAGCACGACCUACCACGCACCCUGAAGCUGUCCGGCCAUGUCGGGUUCGACAGUAUGCCGGAUCAACUGGUCACCAAGAGCGUCCAGAAUGGGUUCGUGUUCAACAUCCUGUGCAUCGGCGAAACCGGUCUCGGCAAGUCCACCCUGAUGGACUCGUUGUUCAACACGAACUUCGAAUCGCAACCGAGCCCACACUCGUUGCCGAAUGUCAAAUUGAAGGCACAUACCUACGAGCUGCAGGAGAGCAUGGUUCGAUUGAAGUUAACAAUCUGUGACACCGUUGGUUAUGGCGAUCAAAUCAACAAGGACGAUUCGUUUAAAUCCGUCGUCGAUUACAUUGAUCUGCAGUUUGAAACUUUCCUGCAGGAGGAGUUGAAAAUCAAGCGAUCUUUGUCUUCGUAUCACGACAGCCGUACACACAUUUGUUUGUAUUUCAUUUGUCCCACGGGACACGGUUUGAAGUCGUUGGAUUUAGUUUGCAUGAAAAAGUUGGAUUCCAAAGUGAACAUCAUUCCGAUCAUUGCCAAAGCUGAUACUAUUUCCAAGACGGAGCUCUCCAAGUUUAAAGCUAAGAUUAAUGAUGAGCUACGAAACAAUGGAGUUCAGAUCUACCACUUCCCUACGGACGAUGAAUCGGUCGCGGAAAUCAACGCUAACAUGAAUUCGCACAUUCCAUUCGCCGUAGUGGGCAGCACUGACUUCGUUCGAGUCGGCAACAAGACGGUUCGCGCCCGUCAGUAUCCUUGGGGAACGGUUCAGGUGGAGAACGAAGCUCACUGUGACUUUGUUAAGCUUCGGGAAAUGUUGAUCCGUACCAAUAUGGAAGAUAUGCGCGAAAAGACGCACACCAAACACUAUGAACUGUACCGGCAGAAGCGUCUCGAGCAGAUGGGAUUCACCGACGUUGACAGCGAUAACAAGCCGGUAUCGUUCCAGCAAACAUUCGAGGCCAAGAGAAGCAAUCAUCUAGCCGAUCUGCAGGCCAAGGAGGACGAGGUCCGGCAAAUGUUUGUCGUUCGCGUGAAGGAAAAGGAGGCGGAGCUGAAGGAAAGCGAGAAGGAUCUUCACGCCAAGUUCGAUAAACUGAAGAAGGACCAUGCAGAGGAUAAGCGCAAACUGGAGGAAUCCCGCAAGAAGCUCGAAGAAGAAUUUGUCGAGUUCAAUCGCCGCAAGUCCCAGAUGGCUGCUUCCCACCACACCCUUACGUUGGGUAAGAGCAAAAAGAAAUGAAACUUGUAGAUAACCGGACGAACGACACCCUAGAAGUUUCAGCUUUUGGGGAUGAGGACGUCAUUUUAUUUGCAUUGCACCGCAUCGCUGCUGUUCCCAUCAAAAGUUAGAAGAUACAAACAAUGCUAAAGGUAAGUUGGCAAAGCUGUGCGCUUAUGGUAUUUUUCAUUGUGAAUUUUUAGACAGAGAGCCUAAAGUUGCAACUAGUUUUUAUUUAUACGUGAUCAGUUCAACUGUCACUAGACGCCAAAAGACCAACGUAGCUUCGAAUCACACUUAUACAUAAAUUAUCCAUUUGAUCGACUCGUAAGUACAAAGUUUUGAAAAACUUUUCAGAAAUGACCGUUCAAAUUCUAAGCACAGACAAUUUCAUUCAAUGGUGAAUACUGAAAAAUAAAUAGUCGAAUAUAGUAAUUUUUAAUUAGCAAAAAUUGCAUAUUUUUAAUCGAAAUGCUUGCAGCUUGAUUCCAGUUGAAUCUACGCACAGUUCAAUCUCACCAACCACCAAACCCUUCCGAGGGCAACGGGUGAGAUUUUGACAACUCGUGCGUCAAAAAAAAAAAGCUCUGAAUUCAUACCUGGUAACUGAAUUAAAAUUGUCUUAACAAAAUAUAACAUAAUGUACAUCUCCAAUAGACCUAUGACGCUUUUUGACAACUACCACCAGAUACAGUAAUUAGUGGCACAUUACCAAAAGAACUCUCACCAACAAUAACAAAAA